CAAACCGGUAGCCACUAACGCCAACAUCCGUUAAUGUGAGAAUUGCGCUACUCUACAAAUGUUAUAACGCUGACAUCUUUCGUCACCAGCGUGGGGAUUGUCAAAACGAUUAGUACGACAUUUUUACCCGGAAAGGAAAGUUAAUCAAAAUGUUGAUAUUAUUUGAAACUCCUGCGGGGUAUGCGAUUUUCAAGUUACUUGAUGAAAAUAAAUUAACGCAAAUUGAAAAUCUUUAUCAUGAUUUUGAAACACCUGAAGCAGCUUGUAAAGUAGUAAAGUUGAUGCAUUUUGAAAAGUUUGUAGACACUGCAGAGGCUCUUGCAGCUACAACAGCUGCGGUAGAAGGAAAACUAUAUAAAUCAUUAAAAAAAGUAAUUAAAAGACAUUGUACAAAACUUCAGGAACAACUAGCUGUAGCUGAUGUUAAGCUGAGUAAUGCUAUAAAGGAUAAACUGAGUUUAUCUUGUGUUAGCAACACAGCUAUACAAGAAUUAAUGAGAUGCAUGAAAAGUCAGAUGGAUAGUUUAUUGGUUGGCUUACCAAAGAAAGAAAGAACAGCAAUGGCAUUGGGCCUAGCGCACAGCCUGUCCAGAUAUAAAUUAAAGUUUUCUCCUGACAAAAUUGAUAUAAUGGUAAUACAA